AGGCUUCUACCUAUGAAUCAAGGCAAUGGAUGUGGCCAAUAAGUCUACCAUGUUUGAAUUUGUUUUGCUGGGGCUCUGUAAUUCCUGGGAACUACAGAUGUUUUUCUUUAUGGUGUUUUCAUUGUUUUAUGUGGCAACAAUGGUGGGUAACAGCCUCAUAGUCAUCACAGUUAUAGUGGACCCUCACCUACACUCCCCUAUGUAUUUCCUGCUUACCAAUCUUUCAAUCAUUGAUAUGUCUCUUGCUUCUUUUGCCACCCCAAAGAUGAUUACAGAUUACCUAACAGGUCACAAAACCAUCUCUUUCGAUGGCUGCCUUACCCAGAUAUUCUUUCUCCACCUUUUCACUGGCACCGAGAUCAUCUUACUCAUGGCCAUGUCCUUCGAUAGGUAUAUUGCAAUAUGCAAGCCCCUGCACUAUGCUUCAAUCAUUAGUCCUCAGGUGUGUGUUGCUCUCGUGGUGGCUUCCUGGAUUGUGGGAAUCAUGCAUUCAAUGAGUCAGGUCAUAUUUGCCCUCACGUUACCAUUCUGUGGUCCCAAUGAGGUAGACAGCUUUUUCUGUGACCUUCCUGUGGUGUUCCAAUUGGCUUGUGUGGAUACUUAUGUUCUGGGCCUCUUUAUGAUCUCAACAAGUGGCAUAAUUGCAUUGUCCUGCUUUAUUGUUUUAUUUCAUUCAUAUGUUAUUGUCCUGGUUACUGUGAAGCAUCAUUCUUCCCGAGGAUCCUCUAAGGCCCUCUCUACUUGUACAGCUCAUUUCAUCGUUGUCUUCUUGUUCUUUGGGCCAUGCAUCUUCAUCUACAUGUGGCCACUAAGCAGCUUUCUCACAGACAAGAUCCUGUCUGUGUUUUAUACCAUCUUUACUCCUAUUCUGAACCCAAUAAUUUAUACUUUGAGGAAUCAAGAAGUAAAGACAGCCAUGAGGAAACUGAAAAAUAGGCUUCUAAAUUUUAAUAAGGCAAUGCCAUCAUAGUUUUCUGACACAGAACAUUAGUCACAAUGCUGUGUUAGGCUCUUCGUUCUAGAGGGUUCUUAUCAAAUUGUAAUUGCCAAGAAUUUGUGA